AUGAUUAAAAAAAAAACAAACUCACACAAUAUUCAGAAAUCCAGCAAAGAUAAAAAAAAAACAAUGUCGACUUCUAAAACCCUAACCUUCACUCUCUUCUUCAUCGCAACACUACUCGCGUCCUGCAACGCAGCCGCAAACAACACAACGCAACCGCUCUUCCCAGCGAUUCUAAUCUUCGGCGAUUCAACCGUGGACACAGGGAACAAUAAUUACCCAUUAAACAUAAUCCUCAAAGCUACACAUAUUCCUUACGGCAUUGAUCUCCCAGACCACAAAGCUACCGGAAGAUUCUCAAACGGAAAACUAAUCCCCGACAUACUCGCGGCCAAAUUCAACAUCAAACAGUUUGUCCCUCCUUUCUUACAACCUAAUCUCUCCGACCAAGAGAUUGUGACCGGAGUCUGUUUUGCAUCAGCCGGUGCGGGUUACGAUGAGCGAAGCAGUCUCUCGUCACAAGCGAUUCCUGUCUCGUAUCAACCUACAAUGUUCAGGAGUUACAUCGCUCGCCUUAAGAGUAUCGUAGGAGACAAGAAAGCUAUGGAGAUUAUAAACAAUGCUUUGGUGGUUGUAAGUGCAGGGACUAACGAUUUCAUCUUGAAUUUUUACACCAUUCCUACAAGGCGUCUUGAGUACCCUUUCAUCUCUGCUUACCAAGAGUUUAUACUUAAGAGGCUUGACAACUUCCUCCGGAAACCUAGCAAAUACGGGUUUAAAGAAACGAAGAGAGGAUGUUGUGGAACAGGCUUAUUGGAGGCGGGCUUCAUGUGUAAUGCUUUCUCUCCGUCGUGUGGGAAUCGCUCGGAAUAUUUGUUCUUUGACUCGAUUCAUCCAUCAGAAGCUACUUAUAAUUACGUCGGUGAUUUGCUUGAAGAGGAUAUCCGUAACUGGAUUGCGGCUUAA